AUGCCCAUGCCUGCCCAACCUGCAGACUGCCCACCGGGACUGGAGUACUUGACUCAGAUUGACCAGAUCCUGGUCCAUCAGAGUGUCAACAUCCUUGAAAUUUUUACUGGCUGGGAGAUGAGCAAUGUGUACACAGUCAAAGACAGAAUGGGGCAAAAGGUGUUUGUGGCUAUCGAGGAAGAUAACAUCUUAUCCAUGCAAGCAUGUGGCCCUGCUCGACCUUUCACCAUUCAUCUCUAUGAUAACAUGGGUAAGGAGGUCUUGACCCUGACUCGACCCCUAAGGUGCACCUCAUGCUGCUUUCCCUGCUGCCUUCAAGAGCUGGAGGUGCAGAGCCCUCCUGGUACCCCCAUAGGUUACGUGGUGCAGAAUUGGCACCCUAUUCUACCCAAGUUCACCAUCCUGAAUGAGUGGAGGAACCCCCAGCUGAAGAUCAAGGGGCCAUUCUGUAACUGUCAGUGCAUACCUGAUGUCACAUUUGAGGUGAAGUCUUUGGAUGAGCACUCUGUUGUGGGUCACAUCAGUCGGCAGUGGAGUGGAAUCAUUCAGGAAGUCCUCACGGAUGCAAAUAACUUUGGGAUCUCAUUUCCAGUGGACCUGGAUGUAAAGAUAAAGGCUGUGAUGAUGGGAGCCUGCUUCCUCAUCGAUUUCAUGUUUUUUGAGAAGAAUAAAAAAAAGGAUGACUAA